AAACCGGUCGACUCGCGACACUUGAGCUGCCUUCAAUCACAGCAACACUGACUCAAGCAUGGCCGCUUUCCGCAGAGCGGCAGCGCUGGCCGGCAAGCUAAAUCUUUGGUCUUCGACGAAAAGCGAGCUGCUCGGGGCUCCGAACAUGCAUGGACGAAGGACUCGGAGGUGUCUGGCGGCCGGGCUGUGUACCGCAGCGGGAGGCGCCCUGGCUUUGUACUUUUACAACGAAAUAUGGAGCGGCAGGAAGAGGAUGAGGAGGCGCAGCAUCAACGGCUUGCCGCUGCCUUCCAUCCCGACCGUUGAAGCUAAAGAGAAGGCUCGUCCAUUUGACUUCGAGGAUGGAGACGUUUACAUGUCGUCCCACGAGCAUCGUUUCCGGAUGUUCAGUUCGGUGGAGUACGAAGGACAGCUGUACAUGACUCCCCAGAACUUCAUUGAGUCUGUUACCAUGAGUGAACCAAGAAACAAGAGGCCAUGGAGGUCCCUGACCAAACAGGAGCUGGAGAAAAUCUUGUCAGACACUCCUCCUGUAUGGAGAGGAUCCUCCAAACUGUUCCGUAACCUGAGAGAAAGAGGAAUCAUCUCCUACACAGAGUACCUGUUUCUGCUCUGCAUCCUGACAAAACCACAUGCUGGCUUUAAGAUUGCUUUCAAUAUGUUUGAUGCAGACGGCAACCAGAUGGUGGACAAGAGGGAGUUCUUGGUGCUCCAAGAGAUCUUCCGGAAGAAAAAUGAGAAGAAGGGAAGGAAAGGUGAUGCUGAAAAGUCCGCUCAGUUGAGUAUGCAGCUGUAUGGAUAUCAGGUUGCCCCCAUGAGCAGCGUGAUUAAAAAAGACAGUCAAGAGUUUGUGGCGCGGAGUUACUGGGACGUUUUGAGGCGAAGUGCCAGUCGAGUUCUCUUUUCAGACCUGGCGGAGGAUUUUACCCUUGAGCGCUCAGAUGAGAGCAUCACAAUUGAUACCACGAUACUGGUCCACUUCUUUGGAAAGAAGGGAAAAGCAGAGCUCACCUUUGAUGAUUUCUACAGGUUUAUGGAUAACCUCCAGACUGAGGUGUUGGAAAUUGAGUUUCUGACUUAUUCCAAAGGGAUGACCACAAUUAGUGAGGAAGACUUUGCCAAAAUUCUGCUGCGCUUCACCAACGUGGAGAACAUCAGUGCAUACAUGGAGAACGUGCGCCAGUGUAUUCCUGAUGAAAAGAAGCAGGAGGGAAUCACCUUUGAUGAGUUUAGAUCAUUCUUCCAGUUUCUCAACAACCUCGAAGACUUCGCCAUUGCCAUGCAGAUGUACAACUUUGCUUCACGUUCCAUCGGACAAGAUGAGUUUGCAAGAGCAGUGUAUGUAGCCACGGGGCUCAAGCUGACACGUCACCUCGUGAACACCAUCUUCAAGAUCUUUGACGUUGAUCAUGAUGAACAGCUGUCCUACAAGGAGUUUAUUGGCAUCAUGAAGGACAGGCUUCACAGGGGGGGCAGGGGGUAUAAGUCGGUGGAGCGGGCCUCCUCCUUUAGAUCAUGUCUGAAGAAGGAGCUGGCAAGCAGCAGGUGAAGGGACAGAGGCCCAGAUAUAAGCGUGCCAGCUAUGAAGGAAGUAUAAGGAAUGGCCUUGGAGGAUGUAAUAAAUGUAACUGAGCUCAUACUUUUGAUUCAUCAGCAACCUGAUUGAGCACCUUUGUGCUCAAUCAGAUCUCAAUUCCAGCUUCAAACCAGCUAUUAAUCACAAGCACGACUACAUUGACUGAUGUUUUUACAUUGAAAUGUAUUAACAAUGAAUAUGAUUUGCAUUUAAAAGUUGACUAUUUUUGCUGUUUUUAAGUUUGAUUUUAUUAUUUAGACACUUUAGUGACAUUUGAAUUUGCUUAUUUUGCUACAUUUUCAUCAAUCAAACAUUGGAUUUAUUUUUAAUGGGUUUUUACUGGUUUUGGUUACAAAUAGCUAUUAACUUAAAGAGCACAAGUAUUUUUAAAUACAGUAUAUUGUGCAUGUUUAUUGUAAUAAGCAUGUUGAAUUUAACAUUUCAAAUUAACAUUUCAAAUCCGCGCAGGACUAACAAUGAAGAAUUAAGUAACUGUAUUCCAAAUGUUUUAAUCUGUUUUCAAUUUAUUAAUCGUCAGUUAUAAUUUAAUCAUUUUUUUCCCUUGUAAAGUUUAGUUGGACUUUUAAGUUGAGAAUUUAAUCUCUGUUGCUGCGUCCGAGAGUUCUUCAUUGUUCCUGUAUUAAAACAUUUCUGGGGUGUUUGGGCUUGAUUUGACGAUAUAACAUUUUUGACAGGUGCCUUCUGAACAUUCCCCUUUGCAUAUAAAAAUUAUUUUCAAAGAGCCCAAAUUGUGGAGCAGCCAUUUCACCGUUGUGAUGUUUUUUUCCGUCUCGUUUUGUAUUUUUCCAGUAUAGCUAUAAAUAAAACUGUAUAUAAUAAAAAUUAUAAUAAUUCUCA